AUGUUCCUUGCUGCCUUGUGUCUUCUGAUCAUGGGAGUCAAUGUCUGGGUUCUCAUUGACCAUCUCCUCACUAUUGAUAUACCUCCUGCUCUCCAACACCCCGUGAAGAUUUGGAUUAUGCACUACCUUUUCAAUGUGAUGAUGACAUGGGGUACUAUAUUGGAGAAGCUGAGAAUUUGCUCUCUGCCAAGACUUUUUCAGACUCUACAUGAUACCCUGCUCAUAAAGAGGAGCUAUAAUGUGAAGGUGACUCAGUUGUGUUUUGACAAAGUCCCCGUGAGGCUGUUCCAGCCCAAGGAAGCUUCUUCUGGUCUGAGGAGAGGCAUGAUCUUCUACCACGGAGGGGCUGGAAUGAUGGGCAGCUUGGAAUGCUACCACAGCUUAUGCAGUUUAUUUGCCAAGGAGACAGACUCAGUCGUUCUGGCAGUGGGGUACCGAAAGCUUCCUGCCUACCCACAUCCUUAUGGUCUUCAGGACUGUAUAGCUGCCUCAACCCAUUUCCUGAAGAACCUGAAAGCCUAUGGGGUGGACCCCUCUAGGGUUGUGCUCUGUGGAGAAAGCAUAGGAGGUACAGCUGUGGCUGUCAUCCUCCAGACCUUCUUGGGCAGACCAGAUCUUCCACGGAUCAGGGCUCAAAUCCUGAUUUAUCCAGUACUUCAGUUAAUUAAUUUACAGUUACCAUCACAUCUACAGAACCAAAAUGUCCCAUUCCUCACCAGAAACUUGUAUUUAAACUGCCUCUAUAGGUAUUUAAACAUUGACAGCUCCUGGAAAGAUGCCUUACUGACAGGAGCUUUUAUUCCCCCUGACAUCUGGAUGAAAUACAAGAAGUUUGUUGGCUCUGACAAUAUUCCUGAAAAGUUCAGGAAGAACAUUCAGCAACCUGAGUUUCCUGGUCCUUUUAACAAGGCUGCCUAUCUAGAAGUCAAACACUUUCUGGAUGUAGAAAUUUCUCCCCUUGUAGCUGAUGAUGAGGUCAUAGCUCAACUUCCAGAGGCAUUGCUGUUCAGCAUGAACUGGGACAUUCUCCGAGAUGACACCUUGCUCUACAAGAAACGUUUGGAAGAACAGGGGGUCCCUGUGACCUGGUACAACUUGGAGGAUGGCUUUCAUUCAGGCAUAUUCUUCUUUGAUAAGAUUUUAUCUUUUUCUUGUGGCUGGCGUAUAAUAAAUGCUAUUGUGAGUUUCACAAAGGGUAUCUGA